ACCGCCCGCUGUUGCGGCUGCGCCGUAUAAAAGCUGCCGAGCAAAACUCCGUCGGCCACACCGUUAGCCUACGCCGCACUGCGCAAACCAACAACCAAAUCAAAUCCGGAGCCAGUAGGGAGUGGUAGGCGGCGGAGCCGCGAGGAGCCCGCGGCUCGCGAGAGAGCAGAGGCGGCGAGCCGGCGGCAUCCACCGAGCAGGAGAUCUCGCCGCGACGUCGUCCAGUCGCCGCUGGCGUCGCUGGUUCCCGCCAGAAUCGGAGGAGAAGCUUCGUCGCCGCUGCCGCGGCAUCCGGUGAUCCUCGCCGCUCGCCAAUGCAGGUGGAGACCGCCGCGCGCUGGCUUGGGAUGUCGCGGUGUUUGAACCUCAGUUGGGCUUGAGCAGGAGAAAUGUGACUGGUUCGGGUAUAUAGAGAUUGACGUACCUGUUGCGAGUUGCUGCUGCUAUACUGUGAUUAUUUUGUCAAGUAUUGAGGCUUAUGGAGUCACGGAUGGAUCAGUACGAAAUCAUGGAGCAGAUUGGCCGUGGGGCCUUCGGUGCCGCCAUCCUAGUCAAUCACAAGAUUGAAAAGAAGAAGUAUGUGUUGAAGAAAAUCCGGCUUGCAAGGCAGACGGAGCGCUGUCGGAAGUCUGCCCAUCAAGAGAUGGCUCUGAUUGCUCGGCUGCAGCACCCUUACAUUGUUGAAUUCAAGGAGGCUUGGGUUGAGAAGGGUUGUUAUGUCUGCAUUGUCACGGGUUAUUGUGAAGGUGGAGACAUGGAUGAGCUGAUGAAGAAAUCAAAUGGUACCUACUUUUCUGAGGAGGUAUUGCUUAAAUGGUUUGCUCAAUUGGUGUUGGCUGUAGAUUAUUUGCACUCGAACUAUGUCUUGCACCGUGACCUGAAGUGCUCCAACAUAUUUCUCACCAAAGAACAGGACAUACGCCUUGGAGACUUUGGCCUAGCAAAGACUUUGAAGGAAGAUGAUUUAGCUUCAUCGGUUGUAGGGACACCAAAUUACAUGUGCCCAGAGCUGCUAGCCGAUAUUCCCUAUGGUUUCAAGUCAGACAUCUGGUCUCUCGGAUGUUGUAUGUAUGAGAUGGCAGCUCAUCGACCUGCCUUCAAGGCAUUUGAUAUGGCUGGAUUAAUAAGUAAGAUAAAUCGGUCUUCCAUGGGUCCUUUGCCUGCCUGUUACUCGGUGUCUAUGAAAACCCUAAUCAAAAGUAUGUUGAGGAAGAGUCCAGAGCAUCGACCUACUGCAUCUGAGAUCCUGAAGAACCCGUACCUGCAACCUUAUGUUAAUCAAUACCUCCCCCUUUAUGAUUCUUCAAACCCAAUGCGGAUGCCAGAGAAACCAUUACCCACUUCACGGAACAGUCAGAGAAGCAUGUCUGACAGCCAAAGCAGUAGCAUUUCCAGUAGUGACAUUGACAGUGCCCAAUCAAGUGACAGAAGCACAUCAGGCGGAACUACAAGUACUGACAGAAAGACCAUUGAUACUGCAAGCAUUCAAGAUGUGGAUCAAGUGAAGUCAGAUGAAAAUGGCGCAACACCUGAAGAUCUUAGAGGCAACAAAGACAAUUGUAGUGUUCAGUUUAAAAGGCAAGAUUCAUUGAAAUCCAUACAUGUUGAUCACCAUCCCAGACCAGAGAGCAAACAACCAAAGAUCAUUGAGAAGAUAAUGACCACCCUUAGAGAGGAGAGCAGGCUGAGAGAAAUCAACUCUCCUGUCAGAGGUGGUGUAAAGCCGAGUUCUGGCCUCAGCAGCAAUAAUCAAGUAGAGCAACCAUUACAGGUUUCAAGGACAAACAGUGACAUGCCAUGCAGCUUAAAGUCUGGCAACAUUCUAUCCCAUGAUGAACAUGUAAAUGAAGUGGAAGCAUCACCACCCUUGAAGCAACUGUCACCUAUUGUUGAACAUAGUGCAAAGAUGAAAACCGCUGGGCCAUCAACUCCUGAACCUGCCAAACAAAUCACAGAAAAUGGGGCUGCAGCUUCAGGAAAAACUAAGAACAAGACGUCACCUGCUAGACGUCCUAGCCCUCAGAGGCGAGCUGGAGCAGGGACUCCAAGCUUCCCAGCCACAACGACAAGACGUGCCAAGUUCAUGACAGAGAGAGAGAAAACUCCAGAGCGACCAUCCUGUAGCCCAGAUAUGAAACUGGAUGCUCUUAGUGAUCCUCCACGAAGUUUAAUGAUUUCUCCAAAUCCUUCAGAAGGACAGCAUUUGAAACCGGAUGCUUCGCAAGCAAAUUCAACAAAUCUUUGGGAGCUUUUCUCUGUUUCAGCAAAGGAACACAGCAACGCUUGCUCAAGUUCUACAAUUGGUUGUACUGAAAAUAUGGACCAGCCUGAACUAUCUGAACCUAAUUCACCUGUCUGCUUGGUUUCACCAUGUACAGGCUGUUCCCCCAACACAAUUGAACAGGAUGACAAAGGCUCCAUACCAUGUUCAGAAGUUAACACUGACAAGAAUGUUGUGACUAACAAUGGUGGUUCGAGCCUGAAGUCAGAUUUGGAACCAUCCUUUCUGAGUUCUGAACAAGAGUUUGUUUCCAAAGAUGUGCAAUCUAGCAAGCAUGAGCAGAGCAACAUAGCAUUCCAAAGCGGUGAAGAUAAGUUCACUGUCCAGGAGCUGCUUUCAUCGGCACCAGAAGUUGCUCCUCCUGUUUCAUCAGCUCCAGAAGUUGCUCAUUCUAUUCCAGCCACAAGAGGCACACUAUUGGACACACCCAUUUCUCUUCAGUCAUGGAAGAGACAUGUAGUUUCUCAUUUAAACCCUCCAGUUGAUGAUGUUAUACAGACCAUAAGACACAGCACUUUCUAUGUCAGUGAUGAGCAGACAACACAAGAAAGUGUUCAAAGAGAAGCUCAGAGCGCUGAUGUGAUCAAACUACUGGAUGUGGUACCAGAAGUGGUUGAUGCAAGGAGCAGCUCAUCAAACACCCUGCCUCCAGCACGGUCCUCAUCAGUUACUGCUACACCACAUGUCUCAGAAGCCAAUGUUGCUACUAAGGCACUAGCUGCCUCGGACAAUGUAAAAUUAUCUGCUGCCUCAUCGGGGACCAGCAACGGAAUGAAGGAAGAGGCAUCCCCUACUAAGGAAGCACUUGAUGUUACAUCGUUUCGGCAACGUGCUGAGGCUCUCGAAGGGCUUCUGGAGCUUUCCGCGGAUCUGCUGGAGAAUCAAAGGCUGGAGGAGCUAGCCAUUGUUCUCAAGCCUUUUGGGAAGAAUAAGGUGUCCCCACGAGAAACCGCUAUCUGGCUGGCCAGAAGUUUCAAAGGGAUGAUGAGUGACGAAGCAGGUCGCACGUCGCUAUGAGCGCAAUUUUGUGUGUGUUUGUUUGGUUGGUUUCACUUGUGCUCGGAGAGUCGGAGUAAAUCGGUGCCGCUUGAUUUGGUAAUAGCAGUGCUCUGAGUUACUCAAAGUUGAUUGCAUUGACAACAGCUCGUGGAGUUGCGUGUUCUUUCCUUUUUUAUUUUAUAUUUUUGAGAAGACAGCUUGUGGUCUCUCUUGCCACCUUUUCCCUUUUCUGAUUGCUCCAUUCUUUUUGGCGUAUGUUGUACAUAGCCAAGAACUUAGAACUGUAAACAGCAAUAAAGCUUGCCUCCAGUGUGAUUCGAAAAAAGAAAAUACUAUUAAGCUGAAUGAACCUUGAAUUCUUCUGAUAAA